AUGAAAUCAGAUUCAUUGUCAGUAAGUGCUUUUAUUACUAUUAGAUGAGAAUUACCAAAUAAAGAACCCAAUAGGUAGAGGGGCUGGUAGUUUUGUGUGCAAGAUUGUAAACCGAUUAACAAAGGUUGAAAUGGCUGCGAAGAUUAUUUAGAAAUCAUCUUAAAACUCACACAAAAUUUAGAAUGAAGUAUAAAUUCAUUCUGAAUUACAUCAUAAAAAUAUUGUUAAUUUAAUAGAUGUUUUUGAAGAUGCUGAUAACAGUUAUCUUAUAAUGGAAUUAUGUGAUUAAGACAUUUAUUAAUUAAUUAAAAAAGGGUAAUUUAAUGAAUAAUAAAUACGUUUUUAUGGUAAAUAAUUGGCAGAAGGUUUAUAAUAUUUGCAUUCUCAUAAUAUAAUACAUAGAGAUAUAAAAUUAGGAAAUCUUUUGAUCUAGAAUGAUGUUUUAAAGAUUGCUGAUUUUGGAUUAGCUGUAAAAUUAACAGAUGAUGAAGAAGAAAGGAAUACUCUUUGUGGUACUCCAAAUUAUAUAAGUCCUGAAAUUCUAAAUUAAUAACCAUAUGGAAAGAAAGUAGAUUUAUGGAGUAUGGGCUGUUGUUUAUUUGCUAUGGCUACUGGUCGUGGUCCAUUUGAAGAAAAGAAUGCAGCUUUAGGAGAUGUAUUAAGAAGAGUUAAAGCUGGAGAUUUCGAUCUUCCAAAUAAUUCAACUGAAUCAUUUAAAGAUUUAAUAAUGAAUUUAUUAAAUCUUGAUGUUGAUCAAAGAUAUUCUAUUGAUAAAAUAAUAAAACAUCCUUUUUUUAUAGAUUCUAUCCCUCCUAGAAUUUAAAGUAGAAAUCAAUCAAACUCAUAAAUCAAAUAACUUCUAGAUUUAAGUCCUUUUGUUAAAUAAUAACAUAGAUCUACUUGUUCUAUGAUUGGAUUAGAUAAAUAAUAAGUUAUUACUUCAUUUUUAUAAAAAUAACAAUUAUUAGGUGGAAAGAAGUUACUGUUUGGUUUAACAACUAAUGGGAAAAUGUCUCUUAAACAAAAUUAUCAUCUUGAUAAUGUACCUAAAUUCUUUUUACCAUAAGAAUCACACUCUAAUAAUACUAGUUGCAAUCAUCAUAAUAAAGAAAAUAUCAAUAAAGAAAAUAGUAAUAAAGAAAAUAUUAGAGAAAAUAGUGUUAAAAUUCAUAAAUAGAAUUCUUCUACUUUAAGCAUUUUCAAUGAAUCUCCUAUAAAACUUGGGGAUUUAAAAUAAUGUAAAUUAUAAACGAAAAACGGAUUAUUAUAAAUCCAUGAAGAUGGACGAUUUGAAAUGGAUGUCAGUAAUAAAGAUUUAAAUUUUAUUAUCUAAACCAAUGGAUAAGAAGUAAUUUAUUUUUCAAUAUUUUUUUUAGAUUAUUGUAUCAAAAAAGGGAUAAAAACCUAAAUAGUAUAAAUUAAAUGAGUUACCCUAAAAAUUAUAGAAAUUCUAUACUUAUUCUAAAUAAGUUUGCAAUGCAAUCAGAGAAAAAAAUUAAAAAUAAAAACUUAAUAAUGAACAUGGCAAUUUUGCAUUAAAAAAUACAAAAUUAGGCCAAUGUUAUGAAGGCUAUAUUGCAUAAUCAAAAAUAAAGGUAUUUAUAUUUUUAAACUCUAGAUUCAACACAUCCUAAAUUCAGAAACAAUUAAAUUAUAGUUUCAUAAUGGGAAUACUAAGAUUGUAAAUAUUCAUGAAUUCUAAUAACUUUCAACUUAAGCUAGAAUGGAUCCUAGCGAAGUUUAUUCAAUUAAAAUUGCACUUAAAUACUUGCCUUAAUGUUAGUAAUGA